GUCAUUCGGAAAGCAGCGUGACAGAAUAGCUCAGAAUGAUCGAUUUUGAUCAUGCAUUGUCACAACAUUUGGAGUAACUAUAUGUAUGAGAAAUAUCUGCCGAGAUAUGUAAAGACCAAGAGUGUGUUAACGACUGUGAAGUUAACAAAAGGUUUCUGAUGAACUAACCCUAUUUGACCAUGACAUCCUACUGCAGACUGCACCAUAUGAAGAGGGUACUGUCCGUUACAAAAGCAAGUGCCACCAAUUGUGGAGAGAGGACUGGAAUACAUGUUUCUAAUCUUAACAUUUUAACUGCUGGAAACGCAAAUCAUUCUGAGAGAUGUUUCACAAGCCUACAAGGACACAGUGAACAUAGUGUUGGAAGCACAGUUGAUUGUGAAAAGGGUGUAAUACAAAUAUACAGAACAUUGCAAAGGUUCUGUCAGCCGAGGUAUGGGCAUUACAGACUGCCUGCAGCAGGGAAACACACCUCCUCCUUGUUUGUCAGUGAUGCCUCUGCACAAAACACAUCACUGGUAGAGAUUGAUCUGGGGCUUGAGCGGAGAGUAGCUCGAAAAAAACAGCUUGUCAAGAAUAUCAAGCUCAGAGGGAUGAAGAUUGAUGUUGACACUUUUGUGGAAGACUUCCGGUUGAUGAAGAGACUUGAGAAGGAGAAACACAGGCUGGAGAGGGAGCGAGAAGAGAUUGCAAAGAAGAUGGCUGAACUGAAGAAAGGCAAGGACAAGCAGGAGGAUGUUCGGGCCACCAGAGAACUGUUGACAUCCCAGGGGAAGAGGGUGAAAGAAGCACUGAAAGAACUACAGAGGAGCUGGUGGGUGUGGGAGGAGAGAGUGAUGCUGGCAGCUCUGGGACUUCCCAAUGACAUCCGGGCACAGACUCCAGAAGAGGAUGUUCUAGUUCUGGAAUCCCAUGGGGAAAUACCAGAUAUAUCCAAGGCCCAAAGUCACCUGGAAAUAGUGAAGAAGAAACACUUAGUAAGAUUUAGCCAUGUUGGAUCCAAGGCUUACUACUUGUUGGGUCAGCUGGCUACACAGGAACAGUGUCUGCUGCUCUCCAUGGUUGACCAGCUCACCAGCAACCAUUUCCAUCAACUAGCAUGUCCAGAAAUAUUCCGGUCUUUAGUUGCUGAAGGAUGUGGGGUUGACUAUAAAGACAAGACACAGAUUUACAGUCUACUUGACAAGGAUGGCCAUGAUACCACUGACAGCCUGAGACUGGACGACUUCAUGCACAUCCAGGGGACAUCACUCUUGUCUUUUGCUGGUUACCUGGCGAAGACUGUGGUGCAGACAUCAUGUCUACCGUACAGACAAUUGGCAGUCGGAAGACAGUAUAAACCAGAGGGUGAACUUGAUCUGCCGGGAUUGUUUGGAGUCACACAGUCAAUGAAGACUGUGAUUCUAUCUGCUUGCUCUGACCGAGUGUCCUGUGCCACUGAAUUUAACAAGAUCACAGCUCUAGUCUGGAAGCUGUACAACAAAUUAAAUUUAGCCAUGAGGCUUGUUGUCAUUCCAAGCAGAGACCUUUUAUUGUGUGAAAGUCUGAGGGUGGGAGAUACAGAUGUGGGCCCCAGUGUCAGGAAGUACAUCAAGUUGGCUCAUGUUUCCUGCAUUGAUGACUAUGUUGCUUAG